GGCGAGGAGAGAGCAAUGCUAAAUCAAGGGUACAGUAGGCACACAGACACCUAAGGAAAGGGAUUGGGGAGGAGGAGGUGUGUGUCUAUUAGAGACUCUCAGGAAGGCUCAGGCUUACUCUCCUCCCAGGUAUCUGCCAGCAAUGAACAUGUCAGUGUUGACUUUGCAGGAAUAUGAAUUCGAGAAGCAAUUCAACGAGAAUGAGGCGAUCCAGUGGAUGCAGGAGAACUGGAAGAAGUCCUUUCUAUUUUCAGCAAUGUAUGCUGCCUUUAUAUUUGGUGGCCGGCACCUAAUGAAACAACGAGAAAAGUUUGAGCUAAGGAAGCCCCUUGUCUUGUGGUCCCUCAGCCUUGCAGUUUUUAGUAUAUUUGGUGCUGUCCGGACAGGUGCUUACAUGUUAUACAUUUUGAUGACCAAAGGACUCAAGCAGUCAGUUUGUGACCAGAGUUUCUAUUAUGGACCAGUCAGCAAAUUCUGGGCCUACGCAUUUGUACUCAGCAAAGCACCAGAGUUGGGAGAUACUAUUUUCAUUAUCCUUAGAAAACAGAAGCUCAUCUUUCUUCAUUGGUAUCACCAUAUAACAGUAUUACUUUAUUCAUGGUACUCGUACAAGGACAUGGUAGCUGGUGGAGGUUGGUUUAUGACCAUGAACUAUGGAGUGCACGCCGUAAUGUAUUCCUACUAUGCCUUGCGUGCAGCUGGCUUUAGGGUAUCGCGUAAAUUCGCCAUGCUGAUCACGUUAUCCCAGAUCACUCAAAUGCUCAUCGGCUGCGUGGUGAAUUAUCUGGUCUUCUCAUGGAUGCAACAAGGACAGUGCCCAUCCCACGUACAUAACAUUGUGUGGUCCUCCAUCAUGUACCUCAGCUACUUUGUGCUCUUCUGUCACUUCUUCUUUGAAGCAUAUAUCACCAAAACCAGGAAAACUGCCAAGGCUGACUAACCGUGGAACCUAAUGCCAAGUCAUACCUCAGGGUCAUCAAAAAUUCAAGAAAAGAGAAACACACAAACAAAACCGAAUUGGGAGUAAGCAAUUAAUUUAAAGGCACAAAGAAAAAUCAUAUCUCAAGCACUUAGAUCCUAGAGACAAAAAUGUAUUAAAAUAUAUUUAAGAAUUGUCUUAUAAAUGAAGCUGAUAUGUGCAUUCUGUACUACAGGUAAUCCAAGGAACCAUGGGAAAUUAACCCAGAAGUACAGGUCAUAUAGGAGAAAUACUAUGUUUUCCAUUAUAACCUGUUUUUACUACUGCCCAAAGCAAGUUAUCUGCAUAGAGUGGUAUUUAUUUCAGGGGUAUGUGAGGGUGAGCAAAAGGCUACGUAGAGUAGAAUAAAACAUGUUUGUUUAUUGUUUAGGUUUAAUAUAUUGGUUUUGAUGUUCUAAAGUGGACAAGUUAAAAGAAAACAUACGUAAGGAAACUAAAUCGAACAUUUAGGAUGCUUGCCCAAUGUUGUGUAUUGUGUGCAGCUGCAGUUCUUAUUAUUAUGCAAACAAACCACUUGCCCAAGAUGGUUGCUACAGGAUUAAUAUUAGACUUCAAUUGUACAUAUCCGCUAGAUCUUGUGUCUGGCGUGAUCGACAUCGGACUUGUACAGCUGCUUUGUAUUGACAGCUGGCAUGGAGAGUAGACAUAUCAAAGCCUCACCAGUCUCCGUGGAACUACCUGUGGACUACAUAGCAAACGUUUCCUAGAAGGGGUGGAGAGAGUACCUGCUUAGAAAGGUCAUCCGAAUGUUUCACUCUGAGUGACAUAAAAGCCUGUUUUUUACAUAAGAAUAUCUAAAAGCCGAAAAUCAGUCAUGUUUUCUAUUUUUCUGAACUGUCAGACUAUUACUGCAGGGCUGUGUGUGUGUGAGUUCGGUAACACUGUGCUUUUGUAUUUGCUUUUGAAGCGGUACAGAAAUGAUUAAAGUGCCCUCUUCUGGUACACAUAGAAAAUACAACACACAAGAUCUUUGCUACAACCCAAUGUUUUUUAGAUUCAACCCCCAAAAGGGAUUACCAAAUCCUUUAACAAUCUCAAACCAUAAUCCAAGGGUCUUAUCUUCAGUCUCCUGUAUUUUUCUAUGUCCACAUGUAUUGAAAGCAGACAAACAUGCGAAGGGUACCAGUGUACCCGGGGAUGAAACUGAGAGCUCAUGUUGUUGUAAAGCCAUAUUAUUUAGAUCAUAAAAGUGUUCUGUCUGUUAUAACAAAGUCCAGAGAAGCCAAAUAUGUGUACAAUUUCCUAGUAUUUCAAAGAAACACUUAAUGUAACUUGAUGUUAAAUGUUUUAAUGUAGUCUUAAUUGUAUUAGAUAGUUUAAUAUAAUAGCAAAUUAGUCAAGAGGGAUUAGAGGCUGCAGUCAUGCAUCACAGUACAGUAAGUUAUACUGUAAGUAAAAACCUAUAGGAAACAUGCAGUCAUCAUUGUACUACCCUGUGGUAUAUAGAAGCACAUUUCCUAGCUACUUCAAAAGCGUCUUUAAUUUUCAAAAGUGUAAAACAAGGGAUUUUUUUUUUAUUUUUUUUAAUUUAGCUUUAAUGGUGCUGCCAUCCAUGCUGCUUAUUUUAAUUUUUUUAAAUUUUUUUUCAGUUUCCUGGUAGAAAUGGCAGAGGCGAUAUAGUGUCUCAUUUAGAGGAGAAAAUAAUUGAAAAAAAAGACGUAUGUUAUGAUGCAUUAUGGUCAUUCAGAAUAAAGAGGAGAACGUGCAGUUCACUAUUGUAACAAACAAUAAAGUUUACAUUUAUGUUAAAGCAUUUGGUGGUGGAUUUUCUCAUGACUUGAUUUGUCUUAGAUUACGUUUGCCUUUAUCUGUUACAGAACUUGUAAACCCCAUAGUUAAAGGAUAUAUAAAUACAUAUUUGCAACUCGUUUUUUUUUAAUGCUUCGGUGCAUCUAAAAUAAAAUGAAGCAACUGUGCCAAGUUUUCACCAAACAUUUUUUGUGUGUUC